UAUGGCGGCUUGCGUCAAUUUAUGGUCAAACAUGGCCGAGCCAAUGGGUUGCCUUAAACGAAAAACUUCUGGCGAAGAAAUCGUUACUUUCGAUUUCCGAAGUGUUCAAAAUGCGACACAAACCUACAACAAGAGCGUGACAUUCGCUGACGUUCUCGGAAAACAGCUCGUGUCAGUAAAACAAAUCACACCGACUUCGAGCUUCGAAGAUGUAAACAGCGCUUUAACUCGCAGUGGAAAUCAUCGUAGGAAAAUUUAUGAAGUUACAGACGAAAAUAAUAACAUCAUCCCUGGCAGGUAUUCUGGGGUAAAUGGAUUACGCAAGAUGUAUUUAAAGUGUUGCUUCCCACAACCAGCCUCAAGGCCAGAUUUCCUAGAACGAAUGCUAACGCAGAUGGUUUGCUUGGAAAAUGCAUAUAUGGGCGGGAGCUUGAACGUAUCGCUAAUUGGCCUUAUCAGGGUGCGAAAUAUUUCGUACGAAAAAGAAGUCUUCGCGCGAUAUUCUAUCGACCACUGGGUCAAUUUUCAAGACUGCAUGGCAGAUCAUUUUAUGCAAACAAAUGGAGGGGAAUUUGACAAGUUCGUAUUUAAGUUGGUACUGCCGAAAGAUUUUUAUGUCGGAGGUACGGUUGAAUUUGCAGUUUGCUUUAAGAGGAAUGGGCAAGAAUACUGGGAUAACAAUGACGGUAAUAAUUAUACCGUGAUGUGUUGCGAAUGAAAGACGACUUGUUUCUUUGAGGUGCGGUCAUUGAAAUUAGGUGGCGACUGUAGGCGUCAGACGCGUAUCCAAGAUUGACUAAGUCAUAGGUAUCAUAUGGAAAAA